AUGAAACUCGUGCACUGCCAGACCACCCACCACGACGACCUGGCAAAGUCCGAGUACUUUGUCGGGAACCAGCCCACGACCACGGCCGCUGUGGGUCCCGUGAGCUACAUCAAGCGCGCGCUGGCCACGCACUUGAAGUUCCUUGUGACCCUGCUGGAUCACCCCGUGUUUCACGUUGACGAUAGGAUGUACUUAUCGUAG